ACUAUGGUGAAAUUUGCCAACAUGACCGUUAAUAUGCGAAUCUUUUAGGGUAUAUUCUAUCACUUGUGAAAUGGGUUCUUUGGGGGAAGGAGGCGGCGGCGACGGCGUUGGCGCUGUGAUCGUCAUCAUCGAUUCGUCUGACGAAGAAGAAAUCCAGGUGCGCGAGGGAAGUUACUCGAUCCGGCAACAGCAGGGAGAGAAUGGAUCUCUCUCGCAAGCCGUGGAUCUGAGUCCAGGGUUUAGAAAUGCCGCGGCGAUGGCGGGAUGGGACGACGAGGCCCUGCUGGCGGUGUGGGAUUGCGAGGCGGCGGCGACGCCAGACAAGAGCAGCGGCGAGAGAGGAGAUCGAAAGAGGGAUGUGAGAACCCCCGGACAAGCAACUACUCCAGCCAGUUUGAAUCGAGUGCACAGGAAGCCUCGCCGACCGAUUGAUAGCUCGGAUGUGAAUUUAGAGAGACUUACGAUACAUGAUGGUGGAGAUGGUGCUCUAGUGAGGAACUUGCAAAAGAAAAUCGAUAGAGUCGGGGAGGAUGAAAAUGGUGCUCGAGUGGGCAACUUGCAAAAGAAAAUCGACAGAGUCGGACAGGAUGGAAGAUCCGGAACUUCACAAGAGAAGGAAAGUGUCAAGAACGAGAUUGGCACUGAUAAAUCAGACCAAGGCGACAAAGACAAGGAACAAGGUGGAGCGGCUAGACCAGCUUGUCUGGACCAGCUUAGAGACGAGCUCUCUUGUGCCGUUUGUUUGGAUGUAUGUUUUAAGCCAUCGACAACUUCCUGUGGUCACAGUUUCUGCCGGAGUUGCUUACAGUCCGCGGUCAGCAAGUGUGGCUUGCGCUGUCCAAAGUGUCGGCAAGCUAUAAAAGAGCAAGGAGCGAUCAACGUCGUCUUGUGGAACACGAUCCAGAUCUUGUUCCCGGACGAGACAGCCAAGAGAUCACAAGCCAAGAGGGAAGAAGAAGAUGAAAGAACUUCCCGAGCGCAGCGAAGCAACCAAAAUUCUCGCCAAGUUUCGGUCGAUAGAAGCCGGCCGAUUGGAAACUUUAGGAGGGUGGCAGCACCAUUUAGAGCUCCUUCCCGGCGCAGCAGCGAUCGCAGCUCCAGCGCCACUCCCAUCGAUUUAGAAUCGCGAAGGCAGCAGGAAGAACUCGAUAGGAUCGUCGCGGAGAGGCUCCAGGAGGACGAGCUAAGAUCGUCAUCGUCUUCUUCUUCGGCGGAGCUCUUUGGAUUUCACAGGAGACUAAGACGCGCGCAUCGAGCACAGCUCUGACAAACAAACUCAAUGUUAAAUGGCACGUGGCCGCAUAUGAUUGGCUCUUAUUUAUGAACAGUAUAUUCGUCGCAAA